GGCGGUAAUGCUACUAAGUUUGUUGCCAACCUCCAGUAAAUCCAACAAGAAGAAGAAGAAGCAGCAGCAACUGAAGUAGCAACUUGGAUGUCACUAUCAAAUAUCAGUUUUAAAGAAAACGAAUAAUUGUGGAUUCCAAAAUGAACAGUUUUAACAAACUAAACACCCAAAGACUUCCACCAUUUACAACGACAGCGCAGAUGAGAAUGUCCAAACAAGACCUGGAAAGAGAUUCAGGCUUCUCAGAUACCAGCUCAGAGUACCUCAGUGCAGUGGAGGUCACAGACUCGGAAGAUACUGGAAGGAUUGGGUCAAUAAUCGGGCAGGAACCAGCUGGUCAGCAGGUGGCCUUGGUAGGAGGUUCAUAUCCUGGACUGUCCCCAAUGAUCAUUAUGAACAACUUUGUCCUAAAGCAGCCAUCACCAAUGGCUCCACCAGAGAAACAGUGGGGCUUUCCUUCAUCAAUGGAAGUGAUGCCCCAAUCUCAGGUGGUUCUUCUUCAGCCGUUGGUAUCGAAUGGCACAAACUGCUCUCCGAAAGCUGGCUCUGACGGUAUGCGACAAUCAAAAAGCUACACUCCUAUCCUCAAGUCAUACCCCAGAAUUGCCCCCUACCCAGUGGAUUCGCCCUCUAAGACAGUGGAAACAUCAAGGCUGAUUGCAAGCGGAACGGCAGGAUAUGAGCAACAACAGAGAAGACACCAUGACCCCCCGAGACCUGACAUCUCCCCCAGCCCACUGUCAGAUCUGCAGAUGCAAGCUCAAGCUGUCUGCAGCUUUGAAGCAUCAAGCAACAAAUCCCACGCUGAGAGUCAGGAGCAAGAUUCUGACAAAUCUCUGACCGCAGAAACAGAAACCUGCUCAUUAGCCAACUUCACAUAUGAGGAGCUGAGGAGUAUAUCUGAUGAUGGCAGCAUUCCUGCAGAGAAAUAUCAGGAUCCCAUCUCCAUGCACAGCAACAAACUGAAGCGUUUCAGCAAUACAUACAACAUCCUGAACAAAUCUGGCCUGCUAGGGAUUACGCUGCGCACAAAGCAACUGAUCAAAGAAAACAAGCGCACGCAGGGCCAGCUGCACCUGCUUCAGGAGCAAACAGCUCUGCUGCUCGAAGCGCUGAGCAGCAGGGAUCCGCAGCUCUGGACUAAACUCCAGGCAUCUUUGCAGGACACAGAAAAGGAGCAGUCCCGGGUUAAAGCUCAGAGUGUCCUAGCGUAACUUGUUUAUGGACAUAACCAGCAGUUCUGAAUCUGGUUUCAGGAGGAUUUAUAAAGAGGUCAUCAGAUGCUGAAUGUGUCACAUUGUUAUGACAAACACAGCUCAGCUUUCACCAUUUUAUCAGGUGGCUGUAGGUGGACAAUGCCUUGCAGAAGUUCACAGUUGUCUGCAGAAGGAAUAAAAUGAUUGCUCUUUAAAAAAUUACAACAAAUUUUCUGUUGUAAAUAUUUAUCAAAAAAAAUGUCUCUUUUUCAAAAGGUCAGUUAAUAUUUGUGGCCCUAAACCUUUUUAUUAUGCUGGAAUGAGAGCAAAAUAAAGUGCUAGGCUAACAUAAGAAACACACAAUUAUAAAAUAUCUGAAAAGUGUGGUGUGGAUAUGUAUUCAUUAACCUCUAUGAGUAAAUCUUUGAACCAGCUUUUGCUGCAAUUACAGCUUUGGGGAAUGUUUGAAACAGCUUUGCCUGAAAUGUUUUCCCAUUCCUCUUUGAAAGCAGCUCAGGGUCCAUUAAAUUAGGAGAACACCUGUGAACAUUAGGUGUAAGAUCCUUGCACAGAUUCCCAUUUGCAUUUAGAACUGAACAUCGCCGCAACAUGAUGUUGCUCUGACCACUGCGCCUUUGUUCACUAGCUUAUGAUAAAUCGCUACGAUAAAUAUACGCUAACAGUCUUAUUUUAUCCCUUUUAAUCCUGAUCUGCGUCUUGAGUUUUACUUAUGGAUAUAAAGCUAAAAGGUUUGAAUUCAUAUGCACACUACACAUAUCAGAAUUGUCUAUUGUUGUUGCCAUCCACAGUUAUUUGCCACAAACGAGAAAAAGUUAGAAAGUUGAGGGGAAAUGAAUAUUUGUGCAGAGCACAAUGUAGAAACCAGGAAUCCUGAAACAUUUAGCACUGCUGGUUUGACAUGAAUACGAAGCACAGCCUCUGUAAUCAACAGGAGUUUGGAAGCAUGCUUACGUUUCAAACCCUUGCCUUUAACAAAAUAUCUGCCUCUGAUGAUGUGAAAUGGGUGAAAGUGGUACUUGCAGCGGGGAUUUCUGGCUGUCGUUGUCAAUGCCUAAUAAAACGCAUGCCUUAUAGCAGACUAGCCAGACGGAUGUCUGAUGUCUGUCAUACAUCUCUAACAAACAGGUCAACAUGCUUUUUUGUUUCUACUAUGACCUUUGCAUUCUUGUUAAAUGCAUGAGCAAAUGCCUUAUGUACUAAAGUGUGAAUAGUCAUAGCAGUUGAAUUACACUGGGAGAAAAGAGCUAAGUGAACUGGGUCACUACAAGCUAAAAAGACAGCACAUCAAGUGCUGAAACCAGCUAAAUGUAAUUGUUUUUUGAUAAAUGUGUACAUUUUCUAAAAGCGCUUGGCUUCGUCUUGAAGCCAUGCGCUUCAAAACGAGGACAGGCAAACAGAUUGUGACUUAUCUAGAUCAGAUUGGAGCUUUUCACCUCUUCACCCUGUCUGAAACAAUCUGCAGAGUAUUGUAUUGCAUUGGUGGAUGCAGUAACAGACAGAGGUCACUAAUGUUUUUCAUCAAGGUUUCUGCGUCAAUGCAGUCAUUUUCAGGGAUGAUCUGGAUGUUUUCUUUUUGUCCCUGAUAACAGCAAGUCGGUAAAAUGCCUUGUAUGUGGUGGAAGCCUCAGUAACUUCAAUUGAGGGAAAAUAACAUGUAAUCAGUAUUACAUGGGCUACGAUAAUAUUGUCUCCUGUUUAAGUUGCUGCGAAAUAACUUGAGGUACACAGCUGUUUUACUUGACAGCAACAGAUACUUUGUCCUAAAAAUAGCUUAAGUAGGAAAACCUCAAAUGGAGUCAAUAUGACUCCAGUUGCUCAUAUAUUUUAGUUAUUCAAAUAACUAAAAUUUUAAUAACUUGUGAUAUUGUUUUUCAAGCUGUGCACUUUAAAUAGACUGUGAUUAAAAAUAAAAAAAAGGUACAUAAAAACCACAUUUGAAUGGCAGACUUAAAAUCUGACAAGGUUAUGAAGUGGUGGAAAAUUCUCAGAAACUUUUCAUGUGAAUUUAAGCGAUAACCUAAUUUAAAAACUUGACAGUUUUCUGUCACAUCAUAUCCAAAUACUAGCAUAAACAUUUGGUUUUACUAUUAACAGAUAACAAAUCCAAUAAAUUUUACAAUUGCAUGCAUAGCUUUACAUUCUCAAGCAAAAUAUCUCAUCAGGUUUCAAUUGCUUUCAUGGAACAAUUAAUUAUUUUGUUAAACAUCAAACACAUUUUUAAAAGCCUGCCUUUAAACAAGGUGAAAUGACACCAUACUCCAAAAAUGAUAAAUAUUAUUAUUGAGCAUGGUUUCCUUUUACUAAUUGAAAGCAUGGAUAGUAAAAAUCUCCUUGCUCAGAUUUUUCAGGCUGCAUUUAGUCAGGCUCUGUCCUCUUCCUGGGCCGCCUCAAAAUCUUCAAUGAGAAAUGUCAGCCGUCCAGGUUGUAGAAUUCAUCUGUGCAUGUGAUGGAGGAAUGCAAAAUGCAUGUAGAGGGUGUGGUCGUUUUACCCUUUAAUAAACAGAGUAUGUGACUGGAAUAGCUUUGAUAUGUGUAUAUCUACUUGUAUGAAAUCUGUUUUUUUAUUAUUUUCCAAGUUACAUCUGGAAUCCAUGAGCAGCACCAACUUUAAAUAUUUGAAAUUGCUAAUUUCUUUUCAUUUACUCCCAGGGAAAAUUCCCAACUUUAAAAAUUCCUGGAAUUUUGUUACUUUAAGCACAUAACAAUUUUAUCUUUAAAUAUUGGAGGCUGAGUAUAGUGAGGGAUUCUGAUGAUGAUUGGUUACCAAGAGAUUUUCCCUCAGCAGCUCAUUGAAAACCAAAAUUAAAGUUUCUUUAUUCUUGGAAACCUUUGUAAGUUUGAAAAUGGUGACGCUGAUCACCUUUGUUACAAAAACUAUUCAGUCACUAAUAAUUUUAAUUAGUGACUGCAUUUAUUUUUGUGACACUAAAAUGGUUCAUCAAGUUUCAUCUUUAUUAAGCAUUAGAUAACUUCAUCGGGUUAUUUCUGCCACUAUUUUGGUUCUUUUCCCAUUAUGGUUUAUUUACCAAGAAAACAUCACUGGAUUUUAGUAAAAUGUUUUGUUUUGUUUUUAUCAUGUUUUAAAUAUAUUAUUUCCUUUUGGUAUUAUUUAUUCCUCAUAACUGUGUGACCAAAAAUUUUAACGAAGAGGUGUGAAUAAUCUUAAGAAGUGACAUGGAGAUGUUUGCCAGUUUCAUGGUGAAAUUUACUCCAUCUUUUCUUUUUUGUUUGUUUGUUUUAAAAGAACUCUGUUAAUACGGAACAGAAAUGUAGCAAUGAGAGUGUUGUAGCCAUAUGAUUGUUUAGAUUAUAGAUCUUUUGUUGCUAUCUCUAUUCUUUAUGUAAAUGUUUGAUUUAUAAAUCUUGGUAUAAAAGGUUUUCUGGCAAAAACAUGACAGCUUUUAGACUUGCACUUUGGUCCCAGAUUUAUUCACUUGAGCAUUGUGUAUCGAAGAAAUAAUGUGAAUCUAAAUAUUUAUCUUAAUGCCUGUGCCUUUUUAAGUCUAUUCAUGCUUGUGCUUCAUAUUUCUGUGCUUAGAUUUUCAGCUUAGUUUUGUAAAUCUUUUUUUCAUGUGGAGGGAAGUUGAAUGUACUCAAAGGACUCCAAAGUUUUUUUAGUUGUUUUGCUAAUUUGGAUGAUCUACUGAGACGUUACUUUCUGAAUUGCUUUAUAUUGUAAAAACCUUCUGAUCUACUGAGACGUUACUUUCUGAGUUGCUUUAUAUUGUAAAAACCUUCAUAUUUGAAAUUUACUGUCUUUAAAAUCCUUAGUUGUACUUCUGUUUAAAUCUUUAAUUAAUCAUUGGUUUUUGGCAAGAUAUUGAUCAUAUUUAACGUUAAGAGGAUGGGAUUUUCUUUUUUUUUCAACUCUGCUGUUAAUUGGUUUUGUGACUUGUGCAUUCUGUCUUGUCUUUGUCAAGUCUUAAACUGUUUGAGAUAAUUUCCUCUUGUUAUUUUUCUAACUAAGGAUGUGUCAUUAGUAAAAGUGAAAAAAGUA